UUCAACUAAUGAUUUCUGAUGAACCCAAACCCUCAGAUACCAGCGAUGAUGCAGGAACAAACAUGGAGGAACCUAAAAGUAGAAUUGACGAGAUUUACAACGAAAUCAUUCAGACUAGACUUGAAAAGAAAAGUGGGAAAGCGUUGAAAAAGAAUAAUAGGAAGAAAAAUUACAAUGAAACUUCUAAAUUGAAUGAAAAAACAUACAAUGUUUGGAUGAUGGAGGCAGCAAGGUCACUGGCGACGAACUACCGUGGGGAGGACUCGCCGCCCCUGGGGGAGCCGCUCAAGUACGAGCCGGAUCGGAACGACUUCGUGAAGAAGGUUUUCACCAUUCUGUUCGUGAUGCUGGCGGCCACUGCCGGAUACCUCAUAUUGGUGUUCUUUAUUCCUGAAUUGAAAUAUUUUUAUUUGAGCGUGCCGAUUUAUGUCUUCAUCGCGGGUUUAUUGGUGAUGAUGUGUUUGAACUACCUAUUGGUCUGUGUGCCGUCGGCCAGAGUUGGAUGCUGUAGCUACAUUUGCUUGUUGGUCGCUGUGGUAGCCAUGUCGAACAUAGCGGCGGCCAUCACUGUGCGGUACCGCACACACAUCGUCGUGUGCGCGUUCAUCGCCACCACCGCUGUCGUCCUCGUCUGCAUACUCCUCGCCUGCUCUAGGUUUGACUUUACAAAGUUCUACAUCUACGUGAUAGCGGCGGCGAUGGUGUUCAUGACGGUGGCUUUUUUGGUGGCGAUAGCGAUGCUGGUGUACGGCGUCCGGUACAAGCCGGUCGAGCUGGUGCUGCUGUUUGUCGGCGCGCUGCUUAAUGUCACGAUACUCAUAAUGGAGCUUCAGAUGGUGCUCGGUGGUAAAUCACUUGAGCUGACGGAGAAUGAGCAUGCGUUCGGCGCCUACCUCCUGUAUACUUCCAUCGUUGAUAUUUUCUUGAGGUUCGUGCAGAUAAUAGGUUUGAUAGAUGAAUAA